AAAUCAUCAGUCAUUGUCAAAACUUUAGAAAACAUGGCUGAGGCCGCCUUUUCGGAGGACGGAAAAUAUUAUUCAAUAAUCAGUCAAGACGGUAGAUUAAGAAUAUGGGACACAGAAACGAAUGUCCUCAAACAGGAAUACACACCAGACCUGCAUUUAACAUCACCACCAUCUUGUUUACAAUGGAUAAGCGUCAGUUUAAAUGCCAGUCCACAAAAAGGUGCCCGUAGAAAAUCCAUAAGUGAACCAGAACAAUAUUGCAUAGCAUUAGGAACGUCUAAUGGAAACAUCCUCAUAUAUUCUAUAAGUGAAGCUAAAGUGGAAACAGUUUUAAACCAGAAAGACAACAACAGCAAAAUGGUAGCCUUGGAUUGGCAUAGAAAGUAUGGCCUCUUCAGUUGCACCGCAAACAGUGUUGUACAAGAAUGGGAUUUACAGAGUGGGAAGACUAGGAAUAAGUAUAAUGUCAAAGUUGUCGCUGCAAAUAAACAAGGAAGCAAGAUUAGCGCUAUAAGGAUAGUACCACACAAUCAAGACACACCAGCAAAGUUUCUUAUCACAGCAUCAUGGCAGAUCAAAUUGUGGCGUCUACAUAACUCCAUCGCAGUUGUUGUGAAAAGUUUGGGACACAACGCAGCGCCCAGGGCUCUGUUGACUGUCAGCACAGUGAAUAAGUCUUGCUGGCUCAUUGAAGGCUCCCAAACAGAAAGGCUUCUAUCAUUCUGGGACGUAACAAUAACAGAAGACUUAAAUCAAACGAACCAACAAAAUGGCGACGAAGUGACACCCAGUAAAAGACAAAGGAAGAAAUCUACAUCCACACCAGCAUACAACUUCGUUCUAGAAGAUGCUCCAAAGUUAAUACACCUCAAUAUGACGCAAGAGGAAAACAGUACAAAGCUAAAUUUGGCAGCUGCAACCAGGAGUGGGGUUGUACAUUAUUACGGACUUACUUUAAAUGGUGAAUCAGUGAAGCCAAUAAAGCCAUCUCUGACCAUCCAAGUGACAACAGAAGACGCCCAGCCGCUGCCCCUGCAGUGUUGCUGGGUGCCCCCCGCCGGAGACCUGCUCCUGGGCUAUACCAGUGGCCCAGCACUGGUGUUUGAGAGACUUGUACCAGAUGUGAAAACAAAAACGCAAGUCCUCAUACGUGGUGAGCGUAAAGCAAAGGAGAGAAGUACAAAGAAACAGAAGGACGUGGCUACAACAGGUCACAAGGACGUCAACUAUGUGGAACCCAUCGGCGGGGUCAGCAGAAAGCGAACAACGCCGGGCGAACCAGUGGAAGUGUCAAUGGAGGCUCGUCUGGAGAACCUGACUGUGGACAUCAAGAGUCGGAGCCGGGCAGCGGUUAGCCACAACCUCACCAAGCUGCUGAUGCAGGGCCUGCACUCCAAGGACAAAGGGAUAAUACUAACGGUGCUGCAGAGAGACGAGCCCGCGGUAGCAGCUAACACAGUGGCCCACCUGCCCGCUGACUACGUGCCGCUACUGCUGGACCAGCUAGUGGACAUGGCUACCAGACGGACUAACCUAUGCGCGGCGGUAUGCACGUGGCUGGAUGCGGUACUACGUUCGCACGCCGCCUUACUACUGGCCAGCGUCAACAGUAGAACAGCGGACCGGCUGUCACAUCUGCUGGCUAUAUUCACUCACAGGAGGUCCCAUCUAUGCCAGCUGCUGAACCUUAAGGGUCGGAUAGACCUCACGGUGACGCAGCGCAGUGCGGCCGGGGAACAUGUGGAGCUACAGCCCGUGUUGGACUAUAACGGUAACUUUUGCUGCUUAUAGCCCGCUAAUGUAUGAGGUCACAUAUAUGCCUGCUGGACCUCAAGGGUCGGAUAGACCUCACGGUGACGCAGCGCAGUGCGGCCGGGGAACAUGUGGAGCUACAGCCCGUGUUGGACUAUAACGAUUCGUCAUCCGACUCGGAGCCCGAAGUCGGCGUAUACCAGUCGGACAGCGAGCACUCGUGGGCGGACGAUGCGGACGGAACGGACGCAGUGGACGGGAUGGACGCGGACGGUACGGACGGCGUGGACCGGAUGGACGCGGACGGGACGGACGGCAGCGACACGCACAGCGAUAUGUCGGACGACCAGGCGACAGAUUGAUUAAAUGUGUAUAAUAUUUUCA